GCCUGGGGAUCACACAGGAUCCGGAGCCGGUGCUGAUAACAGUGGAUUCCCCCGUCUACCUCUCUCCUUGGUCCUGGAAUAGCGCUACCGAGUAGCCAUAAAAUAUUAUAUAAUACACUCAGCACUUGCUCAGUAGUUUUAGGAAAAUCUCAAGGAAAAGGGAUAUAAGCAAAAAAAAAAAAAAUUUUUUUUUUGGGUGAAGUAGUCCAAAAAUAAAAUUCUCUAGGGAUUAUAAAAAAAAAAAAAAAGGAAAAGAAAAUGCCAGCUGAUAUAAUGGAGAAAAAUUCCUCUUCCCCGGUGGCUGCUACCCCUGCCAGUGUCAACACGACACCGGAUAAACCAAAGACAGCAUCAGAGCACAGAAAGUCAUCAAAGCCUAUCAUGGAGAAAAGACGAAGAGCAAGAAUAAAUGAAAGCCUGAGCCAGCUGAAAACACUGAUUUUGGAUGCUCUUAAAAAAGAUAGCUCCCGGCAUUCCAAGCUGGAGAAGGCAGACAUUCUGGAGAUGACAGUGAAGCACCUCCGGAACCUGCAGCGAGCGCAGAUGACGGCCGCGCUGAGCACAGACCCGAGCGUGCUGGGCAAGUACCGCGCCGGCUUCAGCGAGUGCAUGAACGAGGUGACCCGCUUCCUGUCCACGUGCGAGGGCGUUAACACCGAGGUGCGCACCCGGCUGCUCGGCCACCUGGCCAACUGCAUGACCCAGAUCAACGCCAUGACCUACCCUGGGCAGCCGCACCCCGCCCUGCAGGCGCCGCCGCCACCACCCGGAGCAGGGGGCCCUCAGCACGCGCCAUUCGCGCCGCCGCCGCUCGUGCCCAUCCCCGGGGGCGCGGCGCCCCCUCCCGGCGGCGCUCCCUGCAAGCUGGGCAGCCAGGCUGGAGAGGCGGCCAAGGUGUUCGGAGGCUUCCAGGUGGUGCCGGCUCCCGAUGGCCAGUUCGCCUUUCUCAUCCCCAACGGGGCGUUUGCGCACAGUGGCCCAGUCAUCCCCGUCUACACCAGCAGCAGCGGGACCUCGGUGGGUCCCAACGCCGUGUCUCCUUCUAGCGGUCCCGCGCUCACGGCGGACUCCAUGUGGAGGCCAUGGCGGAACUGAAGGGCUCAGGCCUGCGCUGCCCUUGAUCCCCCAUCCACCUCUCCCUCCGGACACUAAACUGCAACUUGGACACUAGGAAACAAGAUUUGUGAUUCAGUGGUUACUUUGUUGUUUUUUAAUUCCUAAAAGAAGUUACUUUUUUGUAGAGAUCUGUAUUAAGUGACUGACCAUGCACUAUAUUUGUAUAUAUUUUAUAUGUUCAUAUUGGAUUGCGCCUUUGUAUUAUAAAAAUUGAGAUGACAUUUCGUUUUUUACACGAGAUUUCUUUAUGUGAUG